GACACUCGCACGAUCUUCUGUUCCGCUUGACAUUCGUUCCGCGGAUCCACGACACGGACGCGAACCGAGUCAUGAGCGCCGAUAACCCGCGUUCAGAUGCUCUGCUGCCGGUACGAAACCUCUGGAACUCCGUGAAAUGCAGCAGGGAUCGAGUGAGAGACGGCGAGCCGAACGAAAGCAGCGGGGCGUUCAGCUUGUCAAACUUCUGGGAGAUUAUGAAUGAAGCUGUUAAAUCAGUGUCUCAAGAAGCAACGAAACUCAGCGUGAUGUUCUCGAAGCCGCCGCUGCCGUCAGAGGAGGGUUGUGUGAAAAUAGCCCAAUCUGUUCAGAAGAGCGUGCUGACGUUGACUACAGUUUAUUUUUGGUUACCGAAGAGCCAAGGAGUUACGCUCAGGAAGCUGCUCAGAGACGCCACGGCGCAGGUGCUGGAUGAUCUCGCUCAGCUGCUGCAGGCUCUUCUCUCCUCUCCUGGAGGAAGUCUCUCGCAGGAGCAGCUGAUGUCCACCGGAGGCGUCUGGGCCGCGUGUGACCGGUUUAACCAGCUGCCCAAAGAUAACCGCAGUGCUGUGUUGAGUGUCGUGGCGUCAUGCGUUGGUUUGGUGAAAGAUGCCCUGGAGGAGAUGGAGCAGGCUCUGGCUGAGGCUCAGGACCCGUUUGGGGACGUGUUGGAUGAUGAGGAUGAUGAUGAUGAAGGUAAUCAGGACACGCACUGGUCUGAGGCGGACCGGCUGCUGAUCGCUCAGUGUCAGGGUCUGAUGAAGGCGUCCGGAGCGAGUCUGCGCAGACUCUGCUCCGCUGUCAGAAACAACAGCACACUGGAGACGGAGGACAACAUCACGCAGCUGGACGACCUCGCAGACGCAGCCAGAGAAAUCAGUCCCAGCGUUGAUGACCUCGCCCUCAGUCUCUACCCCCCCGUGGAGCGGUCGGCCGUCGAGAUGAGCGUAAGUCUCUACAGAUCACUCCUGCGGCACGCAGGAACACGGGACGAGUUCAGACGAGCCCCUCGCUCUCUGGAUCAAUCCCAGCAUGACGUGAUCUGUCACAGUGUUAUGAAUGGCAUCACUAGGACACGGUGUGGGUUUUAUAGGUGUGGCAGAUCAUUAGUCACGAAGAACAGGUGUGUAAAGUGGUGUGUGUGCUGAAGAAAGUGCUGGAGAUCACCAGGUCCAGUCAUGUCUGUGUGGAGGCUGACGUGUCCUGGGUGGAGUUUCUGAACAGCGCUGCGGAGCACAACCUGGAGAAGAUCCGAUCCCUGCUGCUGCACUGCGGCUCGUAGCGUUUGUCGGAUGAACCAGACCUCAUGCUGAUGGAAUGCAGACUGCAGAAUGUGUUUCUAUGGAGUCUGAACUCUCCCCAGAUUUCCCAAAGCUAUGAAUUAGUCCAUCUUUCUGAACAAUGCUGUAAUUCAUGAUGUUCACAGACGCUUGGCCUUUGAUAUAAUGACUUUAUUUUGCAUAUUUACUGAUGUUUUCACAUUAUUCACAUAGCAUCUGUUCAGGCUCACCAUUCAUGUAAUCACUCCAAACCUCCUUUAUUUAAUCAACAGACACUUUUUGCUUUAAAUGUUUAUUUAUUCUGAUUAAACACAGUUGAACUGUU